GCAAGACAUUUAAACUGCUAGUUGUAAUUUUGUGGGUGAAAAAGUUGUAAAAGAAAUCCGAGAGUUUUAUGAACUACCUGACUGCUAGACAUGAAUGGCCAUCCGGUAUCAGCAGAGGUGUGAUAAAGCUGUGACAGUAGGGGUGGCAUCACUCAGCAUCAUGACAUGGCUACAAAUUCUGCUAUAGAGGCUACAAGGUCAAACGUUUUAUACCUUAAUACCAGAGCAUCCUAGUAAUACACACUUCCACCUGGCUGAGCUGGACUUGUAAUGCUGGGUUAGUGGUUACUUUGCUGUCAGAAAGUUGCAACUAUUUCACUCAAUGUUACCCUCCUCCAGAGGAGUGUGUUUGGUUUUGUUUUGGUUUGGUUUUUUCCACUUGGAAAGUUUGGAAACCAGGUAAUAAGACGUCUAGCAUGGGCAAGAGAACUCAACUAAAACUUAGGAGUUGGAGCACUCUACACUUUGGCUCUAACUGUGGAUCACUUACCAUCCUAGGACCUAGGUUAUCCUAACAUUUAUCUGUGUGUUGACAAAAGAAUCUGUAGAAAUUACUCCGGUGCCAUAUACACUGCAAGUCCAUCGUGUAGCUCUGGAUGGAAGAGACCCCUCUAACCCCUUGAGGAGAGAAAAGAAGCAGGUUCAUUGUCAACUGGACCAAUACCUACAUCCCAGAAAGACCCACUGCUGCAUGAGGUGUCAUGCAGGUACCUACAAGGUAAGAGACUGUGAUCGGCCUGACCAGGCACCUGUCUGUCUUCCGUGUGCUAAUGGCACAUUCACAGCAGUUGAUAACAUCAUGUCUAAAUGCUUCCAGUGUACACGUUGUCGUACAGAACUCAAGCAGAUAGUAGAGGCCCCCUGCACCCCAAAGCAAGAUACUGUAUGUGGAUGUCUGAAGAAUCAGUAUCAGUUUGGUUCUGAACCUGAUCUCUUCCAGUGUAGGAACUGCAGCUCAUGUGACAAUGGGAUUAUUGCCAGCUGUUCAAAGGACAGGGACACAAUUUGCAGGUGUAAGCCUCAGUUCUUCCUGUCACGUAGUAACAUUUGCAAGCCUUGCAACAGCUGCACUGGAGAAGAAUGCUUGCAGUGUCAUAGCCCAGUGACUACCCCACCAACUUCAUCCGAGCUGAGCGGGACCCUUGUCCUUGGCAUUCUUGUUGCAAUAUUUGGAGUUAUCUCUAUCCUCUACAUUGUAAAUAAAGUUGGGAAGCUGGUCCAGGAAAAUAGGAUAGUGUCGUCUUUCUACUCCUGUGUUUCUUUGCCACAGACAACCAAGGAGCCAGUACCAGAGGUUCAGGUAAAAAGAAAUGAAGUUUCCAUCCUUCUUCCUGAGUCCCAGAAGGAAAUAGAAUUGCCAGUGAAUGCAGCACCAUCUGCACCUCUGCCACAAAGUUCCCAUGAGUUACCAGACUGUGUCAGACCUGCGAGGAAGACACAGCUUCCAGACAACCCUGCUAUUCUCUACACUGUGGUGGAUCACGUACCGCCAUCUCGGUGGAAAGAGUUUGUGCGGCGUCUGGGUCUGAGUGACUAUGACCUAGAGCGAAUUGAGCUGGACCAUCGGCGUUUACGAGAUGCCCAGUACGAAAUGCUUAGACUGUGGAAACUGCAGAUGGGCCGUGCUGCAACUGUGGAGCACAUCAGCUCUGUUCUCAACCAGAUGGAGCUCAGUGGCUGCAGUGAUGCUAUUCAAGAGGCUUUGCUAAACCAGAACUCUCCUCAGCCUUGCAGCCUCCACAACCAUCUUUAAUCUAUUUCUGCUUUGUUGCCUGUGCUAUGACUGUUAAGAGUGGAUGAAAACUAUCUUCCUUUCCUCAUAUCUCCCCAUCUUCCUAACACUUGUCAGCUGGGUUUGUUGGAGAUAGCAGCAGAUUAUGCUGGGAGGAAUGCUGAGGUUUUCUUCUCAACCACCAUGUAGUUCAACACCUUUAAGCCACAACAGACCCCUGCAACAACUCCUUUUUCAAGGAGGGAAAGCACCUCAUAAAGGAAGAGCUGUGUGGACUCUGACCAAGAAGAAAACAGGAGCUCCGAGUGACUUGAUAGAUCAGCUGCUCUAUGGACAAGUUGUUGCUGAAACAGGUGCUCCACACACCAUGUGGUGGGUAAACUUGUAGGGUGAUUUGGUUAGGCUGACUGUUCAGAUGCUAAAGCACUUACUCACUUCUUGCAGAUCUAUUUUUCUGCGAGAUCAACCUGUUGAAGUGGCUCACAUUGCAGCCGUUUGAUUCCCACUCGGUAAGUGGUGG